CAAGAGGAUGCUGGGGGGGCUGCAGGAGGUGCUGGGGGGCUCUGAACAGGAUGCAGGGGGGUCACAGCAGGGUGCUGCAGGUCGUUAGGAGGACCUUUAGCUCCCAAGCACUGGAAUGUAGCAGGGAAAGCUUUCCCUGUGUCCUCUGCCAGAAGGAAGUAUGCUGGGGGGUUCCCCCAAGGGGCCAUGGGAAGCCCACCGCUACGCAGGGCAGCAUGUGACUCCUGGACUUGCCUUGCCCUACAGACCCAGGUGUGAUAUAGUGGGGGGGCAGGGGGACCCGAGCACCCAGGUGACCACAUCUGCAGUGCUGGGAGCGAGCAGAGCUGCUCCGGCUCCAUCCCUGCUGAGCUGCCUGUGGGUACCCCGGUAUCCAUGGCAAUGGGAGGAUGCUCCCCCCCCCCCCCGCCCCGGAGCUGCUGCCGCAUUCGCAAGCAGUGGUGACGACUGCACAGGAGAAAUGCUUAGCGGCGGGGACCCCCAGCUGGAGGAGACCUCCUUCCCCACCUCGCAAUGCAGGCGCUGCAGUACCUGGAGCCCAGCGGGGGUGAGUAGCAAAGCAGGGAUCUGUUUUCCUCCUUUCAUUGCGGUUUUUCCCUCCCCAUCAACCCAGGGAUGUCCCCACCGCCGAGGCGUCCCCAGUGCAAGGAGGAUGUGUCCCCAUCCAGCGCGGAGCCUUUUAUUCCCACCUCUUCUUCCAGCUCCCUCCCGGAACAUCCUCUAAUUUCUCACCCAGCAAUGCUGCAAGAGAUUGCAGCCCAGGGAGAUAAAGUCAGGCAAAGUUUUGGGCUUUAUAUAGGUAUCAGGCAAUGCUGCUGCAGGCUCUGCUGCUGCCCAGUCCAACAUUUCCCUUCUCCUGCCUGAAAACUGCAGCCAGUGAGCAUGCAGAGUGAGUCUUCCCCUGCUCAGCAGCCUCCUACAUCCCUGCCAGGGACCAGUGUGUGAAUCUGUUCCCCCAGUAGGACUGCAGUAGCAAAAUGACGUUCCCCCAUCCAGCAGGAGCUCUCCUGGCCACAGGUAAUUAUAAUGAUUAUGUAUAAUUAAUACUGCAUGUGUAAGGAGAGCACAGGGGGUCCUCCUUCCCAGACACUCCGCAUGCUCCUGUACUGACUGUGUGGGAGUCCACGCAGAUGCAUCUCCUGCAUGGACUGAGCACUGUAGUGCAGCAGGAGAUGGACUUCUCACCAUGCCCUGCUUUCCUUGCGUGAUCCCUACAAAAACCCCAUGAGAACAAGAUGUCUGCUGGCUGCCUUUAACCGUUCAUCAGAAAUUAAUUCUGAGCUUUGAGGAACAUCCACACCGCAGAGCCACCCCACCUGCUGAGCUAACCCAGCCCCAUGUGCUGGAAGCAGGGACAUGGCUGGGGUUCCCCACUUCCGAGGGCAUUAGGAAAAGAAGGCUUCAUCCCCUUCCAUCUUCAUUUUUCUGCUCUCCCUUCCUCAGACCCCUCCAAUGGCAGCUGGGCUAAUGCCAGCGAAAGCCACCUCCUGAAGGAAAAUUACACCUUCUUGGCAUACUACCAGCACUCCUCGCCCGUGGCUGUGAUGUUCAUCCUAGCCUACACCUUCAUCUUCCUCAUGUGCAUGAUCGGCAACAUCCUGGUGUGCUUCAUCGUGGUGAAGAACCGCCAGAUGCGGACAGUCACCAACAUGUUCAUCCUCAACCUGGCCAUCAGCGACCUGCUGGUGGGCAUCUUCUGCAUGCCUACAACCCUAGUGGACAACCUCAUCACGGGGUGGCCCUUUGAUAAUGCCAUGUGCAAAAUGAGCGGCCUGGUACAGGGCAUGUCAGUAUCCGCCUCUGUUUUCACGCUGGUGGCCAUCGCGGUGGAGAGGUUUCGCUGCAUCGUCCACCCCUUCCGGCAGAAGCUGACGCUGAGGAAAGCCCUGGUGACCAUCGCCAUCAUCUGGGUGCUGGCCCUGCUCAUCAUGUGCCCCUCUGCCAUCACCCUAACGGUCACCAGGGAGGAGCACCACUUCAUGGUGGACACCUACAACAACUCCUACCCCCUCUACUCCUGCUGGGAGGCCUGGCCUGAGACAGAGAUGAGGAGGAUCUACACUACCGUCCUCUUCUCCCACAUCUACGUGGCCCCCCUCGCCCUCAUCGUUGUCAUGUACGCCCGCAUUGCCUUCAAGCUCUUCAAGUCGGCAGCACCCGCCCGCAGCACCCGGCCUGAGGAGCCUGAGGGGAGGAAGGUGUCCCGUAGGAAGGCAAAGGUCAUCAACAUGCUAAUCAUCAUGGCCCUCUUCUUCACCCUCUCCUGGCUGCCCCUCUGGACGCUGAUGCUGCUGACUGACUAUGGGCGCCUCAGUGAGCGCCAGCUCCGCCUGGUCACCGUCUACGUCUUUCCCUUUGCCCACUGGCUGGCCUUCUUCAACAGCAGCGCCAACCCCAUCAUCUAUGGCUACUUCAAUGAGAACUUCCGACGGGGCUUCCAGGAGGCCUUCAGGGCCCCUUUCUGCUCGCCACCACACCAACGGCACCGUGGGCCCUAUGGUGCCCGCAAUCGUGUCUUCACCCAGCCCCAGCCCAGUGACUCGCCCCCACACUCAGAAUCGAGGCCACUGGCAUCCCGACGGGCUGGUGUCCCUGCAUGGAAUGGCUAAGCAGCUGUGGCCACCAGCUUGCCUGAUAGAUAUGAGUCUAGGUGGGGACCUUGUGCAUGGCACUAUGGUGGGGAACAAACCCUAUAUUGUUGUGGUUUUGGGGUCUUGAUGUGAUCAGUGAGUGUCCAACCCUAGAGCUUGUUGAGGAGUUGAGGCGAAUGGGGAUUGGCAAAGUCACUGAAAUAAAGGCACGACCUGCUGAUGUCAUGUCUCCAAGUCCACCCUUUACCCAGCCCCUGCCAACCAUUAUGGGGUGCACAGCAGUGGGAGAGAAGAUCCACAUGUGGGCUGCUCUAGUAUGGAGCAGUUCCUGGGCCAUGCCGAGAGGAACUACACCACACUGUUGUGGCCCUGUGGUGCCAUACCAAACUAGGCCAUAUCAUGCUAUCCUGCUGUGCUGCUACUGGACUGUGCCAUGCUCUUGGGGCCUUGGUGGACCACACAGUCGUUGCCAUGAUGUGCCAGAUCACACCACGCUGUUGUGGCCUUGACGGACCACACCAUGCUGUUGCAUCCAUGCUGGACCCUAGCAUGUUGGUGUGGCAUUGGUAGACCCUGCCACCCCAUGCUGUCAUGGCCAUGUGGUGCCAUGCCACGCUGAACCAUGCCGCCCCAUACUGUUGUGGCUAGGCAGUGCCAUGCCAUGGCGGACCAUGCCAUACCAUGCUAGACUUUGGCAGACCACGCCACCCCAUGCUGUUGUGGCCACAUGGUGCCAUACUGCAGUGCGACCAUGCAACAUUAUGCUGCAGUGGCCAUACGGGACCACAUAAUGCUGUGGCAGCCUCAGUGGCCCACAUGCUACAAGCCAACACAGCACCGUCCCAUCCUACCCACAGGGGCCCAGGCCGUGC